AUGAGGGGUGAAUGGAACGGUUUGCAAGCUUUGAUUUGUAAUGAAUGCCAAUAUGCUUACUGUGUCCACUGCUUUGCACAUUGUCUCCAACUUGCUCUUGUUGCAUCAUCUCGUGAAGUAAAGCUUGUCCAUCAAUUUUUUGAGAAGUUGGGGUUCAUUAUUAAUGUUGUCACUUCUUCUAGUAAAAGUAAUGAUGAACUAAGGGAUGCUCAAGCUGCUGACAUUGUGAAAAUGCUUGCUAUGAAUGAGUUAGAGUUGGGAAGAGGCCUUAACCAAACUUGCACAUUGCAACGUGCUGGAGAUACUCGUUGGAGUUCACACUUGAAAUCCAUCUCUAAUUUGAUUAAAAUAUUUAAUGCAACUUCCCAUGUACUUGAUAAUAUUUCUACUGAAGGCAGAACUUCUUCUCAACGUGGUGAUGCUGAUUAUGUAUAUACAUUAAUGAAGUCUUUUGAUUUUGUUUUUGUGUUGCAUCUUAUGAAAAAACUUAUGGAAAUCACAGAAAUUCUCUGUCAAGCUUUGCAGCGUGAAUCACAAGAUAUCUUGAACGCCUUACACCUUGUCUCAACUACAAAAGAGCUAAUUCAAAACCUAAGAGAAACUGGAUGGGAAGCUUUUCUAUUAGAUUUAAAAUAUUUUUGUGUUAAGCAUGAUAUUGACAUUCCUGAUAUGGAUGCUACUUUUGUUGCACGGAAAGGUCGACUGAAUAGCAGGUUUAAUGAAUAUACUCUAGAGUUGCUAUCUCUUAGUUCAGCUCUUGACCCAAUAGAUGGCUAUAAGUCAUUUAAUAUUGAUUAUAUUUGUAAGCUUGCGAAGAAGUUCUAUUCUCAAGAUUUUAGUGAGGAAGAGAUGAUUCUAUUAAGACUGGAGUUGCAACAUUUUGAAGUUGAUGUUUUGAAAAAUGCAGAAUCAGAAGAUUUAUCUACUAUUUCUGAACAGAAUGGGCUGUCGGCUGUAAAACCAAUGACAGACCCCAAGGCCGAACGAGGUAUCAGAAAUAAUGUUCCAGAUGUUGACUAUCACUGUGAUGGAACAAAAGAACCAAGAAAUCAACCUGAACGACAAAGGAAGUAUGCAAGCUGA